AUGGUCAAACCCCUCACCUUCAAAGGCGACAAGUCUAAAAAGCGUAAACAUCGCGACCCCACCAACCCCGACCUCCCCUCGAAACGUCUGCAACAAAAACAAGGACAUGAACACGAUGACCCCCAUAACGACAACGACGACUACGCCCCCGAGGACACGACCUGGGUGAACGCCGACACACCGAGUGAUCUAGCCGGACCGGUGAUCCUGGUCCUGGCAUCUGAGCCCCCCAGUUGCGUUGCCAGCGACGCCAAUGGGAAAGUGUUUGCGAGCGAACUGGAGAAUGUGAUCGAGAGCGAUGCGCGUACGGCAGAACCGCACGAUGUGCGACAGGUUUGGGUAGUGACGAGAGUGGCUGGUACUGAGGCAGUGGGGUUUAAAGGGGCACAUGGGAAGUAUCUUGGCUGUGACAGUUACGGAAUCUUCAGUGCAACCGCGGCCGCCAUCUCACAUCGCGAAUCCUUCGUCAUCAUCCCCGGCGAAGUACCCGGCUCAUUUGCGCUGCAGACUACGGGCGGCGAUAAAGAUAAUUUCCUGUGUGUGAAGGAGACCACGUCUGGGAAGACGGCCAGUGGGAAAGCGUGGGAGGUCCGCGGUGACGCGGAGAGUAUAUCGUUUGAGACGACAGUGCGGAUCCGGAUGCAGGCGAGGUUUAAGCCGAAGAUCAAGGCGAAUAAGGAGACCAAGGCGAAGGAGAGGAUUAGUCGCAAGGAGUUGGAGGAGAUGGUGGGGAGGAGAUUGGAGGAUGAGGAGGUCAAGAGAUUGAAGAAGGCGAGGAGAGAGGGCAACUUCCAUGAAGAGAUUUUAGAUGUGAGGGUGAAAGGGAAGCAUGAUAAAUUUGCUUAG